UCACUGCAAUGACAGUGGCUGAAAAGAGUUAGAACUGAAAAAUGUGGACUCGAGAAAGUUCCAGGCUCAAAUAUUCCACUGACAUCUGGGCCCCACACCCAACCAACCAGUAUAAAGUUCAAGUAUCAGCCUCGGCCUCGCCAUCUUCGUCCCCAUCGCGCGAUCGCCUCCACCCCAACGGCCAAAAACCCAAACACGACGCCGCGUCGCCGCCGAGCCGAGCAAGAGCACCAUGAAUCCGCCGCCGCAGAAGCCGGAGCGCCGCGGCAACUCGCUGACUGAUCUGAACGACGACGUCCUCUCCGAAAUCUUCUUCCGCAUCCCGCCGGGCGACCCCGGGGUCCUCGUCCGCCUCUCCGUCGUCUGCAAGUCGUGGCGCCGCCUCCUCACCGACCGCGACUUCCUCCGCGGCUACCGCGCCUUCCACCGAGCGCCUCCGAUCCUGGGCUUCUUCUGCGCAGAGUUUGGGCGCACCACAUUCGUCCCCACCACCGCCUUCCGCCCGAUCAUUCCCAGCGCCGACUGGCUACUCUGCGACUCCCGCCAUGGCCGCGCCCUCUUCGACGCCUACGGGUUACCCGUGCGGCUCCUCGUGUCGGACCCCAUGACCGGCGCGGAGCGGCUGCUGGACGCGCCGGAGCGCUGGAGGAACAUCCACUGGAGCGCGACGCAGUGGAGCGCAGCGGUGCUCUGCGCCGCGCACGUCUGCGACUGUUAGGAAUAAACGCGUUGUCAUGGCCGUGCCUGCGUUUUGCCGCGGCGCGGCAGUGGCGCAUGGCGUCGUGAGUCCAGGAGUCGUGCGUGUGUGCAGCAUUGUGGUGGUGCUGUACACGUUGUGUGUGUGUGUUCGAUGUAUGUGAGUCCAGAGGCCAAGUCCUGGCGGUUGAGCGCAUGCAGGAGCACGCCAUGCGAGAAGGAUGGAGGCCCGUUCAUGUGGAGGAGUAUGUGGCUCACGAACGCGUGAAACCAGGUCGUCCAGGCUGCCAUGCGUACGUGCGCGUGAAGCUCGCUAAGUGGGUGCGUGGGCGCUGCGUCGCCGUGGGUAUAAAACUGGCUGUGUAGGCUCGUAUUUAAGUAGUGCCGUGUGAACUUUCAGUGUGUAAUAAAGCCAAGAUACAGGAGCGAUAGGCUCCGCGGCGUUCGUCGCCGAAACUCCACUGUUCAUCUUCAACCUCCAGCCAUUCUUGUGUGUGAGAGAAAGAGAGCUCUGUUCUUGUGUUCCUAGGCUGAUUCCAACAGCGACCAUCUCGACUGCCACGGCGGCGACGCCUUCGGCGUGGCGCUGGUGGGCACCGACGUCGCGGGAACCACGCACGCCGCCCUCUACUCGUCGGCGACCGACGCGUGGAGCGGCCCGGCCUCCAUUGAUCACCACCCCGACGCCUUCGUCCAGGCGAGAAGGCCAAGCGUCCUCGUGGGGAACGCGCUCUACUUCCUCUGUGACAACAACACCAGCAUCGUCGAGUUCGACAUGGCCACGAUGACGCUGUCGGUGAUCCCCUCGCCGCCGCUACCGGAGGAUGUGCACGGCGCUCUCCUCAUGACGGCGGAGGGUGGCGGGCUCGGGUUCGCCGCCGUGCUGGAGCGGUCCAACCUCCACCUGUGGUCGAAGUCGAUGGAUCAAUGGGAGCACCUCGAAGAUGUCAGGGACCUCAAGACGCUGCUCCCCCGGGGUUCAAUCUCCAUGAUGAACAAUGUGUUGAUCGGCUUCGCCGACGGUGGCGUUCGUGUGGUUGUCGUCAGGUCGUACCAUGGCCCCUUCAUCGUUGAGCUGGGAUCAACUGGACCAGCGAGGGUGGCCUUGAGGAGAAGUGGAAUCUACGCUGUAUUUCCCUACACGAGCUUCUGCACUCCAGCCGCCGCCACGACGACAGAAUGAUCCAUCCGCUUACAUGAAACUGCUGAUGCUGGCUUCCUGCAGAGCUGAUGCUUGAAGUGCUUUCUUCUGAUAGGCAAUUUUAGCAAGAAAAGAGUUCACUAAUGGUGAUCGAUUUACUCAGUUUUGUCUCCCAUUUUGCAGUCUGAUUGAGAAAAGAGUUUUGUCAAUUUUAGCAACCAGAAGAAUUCACAAAUGGUAAUCUUGGUCAUGUUAGUAAGUUUUGUCUCCUGGUGAAUACUUUUAAGAAAAGAGUGAGACUUCUCAUCA